UCCCUCCCACAGGCUCUUCCAGCGCCCUUCUUCGCUCUCCAGCAGCCACCUCUGUGAGACCAGCAAGCGCCUGCAUGGCCACCCUCAACCAAAUGCACCGCGCGGGCCGCUACAAGCGGCCCCCGACCAAGCCCGGUCCCACGGACGGACGGCCGCAGCUGAAGGCGGUGGUGCUCAAGACGCUGAUCCGCAAGCCCAAGAAGCCCAACUCAGCCAACCGGAAGUGUGUCCGCGUCCGCCUCAGCACGGGCAAGGAGGCCAUUGCCUUCAUCCCCGGCGAGGGCCACAAUCUCCAGGAGCACCACAUCGUCUUGGUGGAGGGGGGCCGCACCCAGGACCUGCCCGGUGUCAAGCUGAAGGUGGUGCGUGGCAAGUACGACUGUGCCCACGUCGUCAAGAAGAAGUGAGCUUGCGGGGAGGAAGGCCUUGGGGUGGAGCCCUGCCCACCUGUCACUGCGACGGACUGUGGCUUCCUUUCCCUUCCGGACUGGCAUCGUAUCUGCCGGGAGGGAUGAGGGUUGGGUCAGAAUAAAGCAGUGCCAGGGCUUGGGUUUCUCGUCUGGCACAGGCUCGUCC